GUAGUGACUGAUGCUGCGCGGUGCCCUGCUCUGCCUACACCACAGGCUGGAGCAGCCGUGCCACCAUCAUAGCCCCGGGUGCUGGCCCUGUGACUGCCACGGACGCUCGGGGGCACCAGCCAGGAGCAGAAUUGGGGACCGUGGCAGAGGAGAACGCCCGGCUGCAGGAGCUCAUUGCGGAGGAGCUGGCACAGGCCGAGCGCUGGCAGGGGCACUACGAGGGGCUGCUGGGGCGCCAGGCCCGGCUCCGCGCCCUGCUGCAGGCCCAGAGGAAAAAGAAAACCAGAGACUGGCUGAGACCAUCCAAGAGCUGGAGGGAAAGGUCUCCAAGCAGAGAGAGUGGGAGAAAAGCCACAAGCAGGCCCUGCAGCGGCUGCGGGUGCAGGAGGACAAGCUGCAGAGGCACCUGUGGGACAUGGAGGCCAAACGUCAGGCCAAGGCUGACAGGAUCCGGGAGAAGCAGCGACACAUGGAAGAGCUGAGUGGGACCAUCCAGGGACUUUCUCGAAGGACCCAGCUUCCAAAGGAAGGCACUAUAUGGACCCCAUGGGACCCCACCUAGCAACCUCCUGUGGGAGGAGAGAUUGCGUGACCAGAUGGAGAAGCUGCUUUGUCAGGAGUCGGGGGCCUCAGGGCCAAGAGGGCGACUCCCCCUAAGGGGCUGUUCCCCUCAGAUCCUGCUUGGUGUCUUCCCCCCCUCCCCAGGAUGCUGCCUCUCUUCCUCCUGGCCGUGGCCCUGCCCCAUGUGGCUGGGGGCGGCAUCUCCUGCUAUGAUGAUGCCGGGCAGCCUGUGGACUGGUUCCUGGUCUACAAGCUGCCCCGGCCCCAGCGCAGCCCCCCGGCCGAAGGCAUGCGCUACAUGUACCAGGAUGCCCGCUCCGGCGGCUGGGUGCCCGGCCGCACACUCAUGAACAGCACCCAGAGUGCCGUGGGCAGGACCCUACUGCAGCUCUACCAAGGGGCAAACAGGAGCACGGAGGACACGGCCUACAUCCUGUACAAUGACCAGCCCCCAAAGAAUGUCACCUCCUCCGCCAACACCAGGGGGCACACCAAGGGCGUGGUCCUGCUGGACAGAGCCCAGGGCUUCUGGCUGCUGCACAGCACCCCCCAUUACCCGCCCCCUGCGACGGAGACCUACGCCUGGCCCCCCAGCGGCCUGCACAAUGGCCAGUCCUUCCUGUGCGUCACCUUCCCCUAUGCCCAGUUCAAGGAGAUCGGCACCCAGCUGAGGUUCACCGACCCCAAGGUGUUCGAUGCCCGGGUGCAGGGGGCCUUCGCCCAGGACCUGCCCGACCUGCGGCUGGCCUCCGAGAUGCAGCAUGUGCGGGAGCCCCCCUGGAACCGUAGUGCGGCCCUGACCUCGCUGGGGGGGCGCCACUUCUGGAGCCUGGGCAAGUUCCGGCUCUUCCACGACGAUCUCUACUCCGGCUGGGUGGCCCAGGCACUCUCCAGUGACCUCUAUGUCCAGUUCUGGCCCAAUUCGCGGGGUGUCCUGCCCUCCAACUGCUCGGGGCCCUACCGGGUCUAUAACAUCAAGGAGCUGGGCUUCCCGGCCCCGGGGCCCGACUUCCUGGCCACUGUCGACCACUCCAAGUGGUGCGUGAGCACCGAGAGCACGCCCGGCUGGGCUUGCGUGGGCGACAUGAACCGCAACCUGGAGGAGGAGCAGCGGGGAGGGGGGACCCUGUGCCAGCAGGAUCCGGCUGUCUGGAAAUCCUAUUACACCCUGGUGCAGAACUAUAGCAAGUGCUAGGAGGGGAGUGGGGUCUAGUGGGUAGAGCUGGGAUGGGGAGUCAGGAGUCCUGGGUUCUCUGCCCUGGUGACUCUCUGCGGGACCUUGAGCACUUCAUUUGCUGGUUCAGUGCCUCAACUUCCCCAUCAGUGAUGUAGGGACAAUUGCACUUACCUACCUCUCUGGGGCUGUGGGGCAGGGUGGAUUCAAUGGUGUCUGCAAAGCUGGGGGGGUCUCCAUGCCCCUGUAUAAAUGCAGCCCCUGCACUGGUUCUUUCAAUAAUAAUCUCCUGAUUUCUAA